ACAAAGCAGAUUAGGAGAUAACAUUUUGGCACCACGCCAGUCCGCACGGUUUAUCAGUAAAAAUAACACUAGAAUUUUCGCUCACUACGUAAAUUGUAACUUUUCUGGUGCUUAUCAAAAUUCUAGUAAGGUGAUAAGAAAUUCUAGCCUCUAUGGUUUUGUCCAGUUAACUCACGGUAGUCGACAGGAUAGCCGGUUUUCCCCAAAUACUAUGAAAAGGAUGGCCAGCAGUGCAACUCCCGAAGAGUAUCAGGAAGCGAUGGCCAAAGUGACCCUGGUGGAACGAAACCCGUGCCCAAAUGGAACCCAAAUCGUAAGCCUUUACCGAAGCGGGCGACGCGAGGCGGAAGACAUAGUCGAAUUGGCGAAGGAAAUUCAAUCAGCCGAAAUUCAAGUGAAGAACAAUGCCUGCGCUAAACUGCUGGUCAUCGCGGAACAGGUCAAAUUCCUACAGGAACAGGCUCGAAAGAUCCUGGAAGAGACACAGUCGGCCCAGGAUCUGCAUCAAGCUGCUUGCAAUUUCAAGAAGAUCCCUGGCCACAUCUACCAUCUAUACAAGCGGGAUUCCGGACAGACGUACUUUAGCAUGCUUUCGCCGGAAGAAUGGGGAACGGGCGGAUGUGGCCACGCGUACCAAGGAAGCUAUCGGCUGGAGCACGACCAAACGUGGACGGCCGUCGAGAAGCUACAGGAAGUGAGCAAUAAUCUCAAGUGGGCGCGCAGCCUGGUGGACGCUUCCGGGACGAAACGAGCAGAUUUGCUGUCGAUAGGAAGUGUUGCCUCCUCGGAGGCAAUGGAAAUGUAAGUGAUGUUAAAUUUUUAUGAGGAGUAAUGUGAGAUGUGAAUUGGCGAA